CUAUUAGUAGUAAUAAUAUAUAUAAUUUACAUAAAGUGGAGAAAUUUUAGAAUACAGAGAGUGCCCAUAUAUCCAAAUUUCCACCCACCAAAGGGGUCCCUACUCUACCCACAAACCCAAAUCAUUAUUGGGUUAUGUUUGUUAUGGUAAUUUUUACAAAUAAAAAGUGGAGAAGAAUAAAAAAAGAAGGUAAAGUUUGAAGCUUUGAUAUAUUCUUUGGUUGAUCACAGAAAGAAUGAGUUUUUUUGAUUGAUUGGAGAUUUUAAGUAUGGAAACUACUGUGGCUGGCUUGUCUUGUUUUCAGUGUUAUUCAUUUAAUAGUGAAAGGAAGGAUUGUAGAGUAUGAAGAAUGUUAAUUGUGUCAGCAAAAGGGGAAGACGUCGGACUAUUUGAGUUGUGCGCAAGAUAAUGAACUGCCUACGCUCGUCGGAACAAAUUCUGAUGGAUGAGAUGGUUCCAUCUCCUGAAUCCCUUGCAACUAAGGAUCACACAUCGAGUGUCCAUUCAUCACGAGCUGGAGAAGCUGGACAGAAGCCUGAUACUGGAAAUAUCGAAGAAGCUGAAUCAUCUUUGCGUGAGAGUGGUUGUUUGAAUUAUGAGGAAGCAAGAGCAUUACUAGGAAGAUAUGAAUACCAAAAAGGGAAUAUAGAGGCUGCUUUGCAUGUUUUUGAAGGGAUAGAUAUUGCCUCAGUGAUUCCUAAGUUGAAACUUGCCCUUGCCGAAAGAGUGCAAACUCAAAAGAGACGUUCACGGAGUUUUUCUACACCACCAUUGUCCAUAAACGCUGCGAGUUUGCUCCUGGAAGCAGUCUUUCUCAAAGCGAAAUCAUUGCAGGCUCUUCAGAGGUACAAAGAAGCUGCACAAUCAUGUACAGUACUUCUCGACAUUCUUGAAUCUUCAUUACCAGCAGGCUUGCCUGAAACCUUUGCUACUGACUGUAAAUUGCAGGAUACUCUCAACAAGGCUGUUGAGCUGCUUCCUGAAUUAUGCAAACUUGCAGAUGCUCCUCGAGAGGCAAUUAUGUCAUAUCGUCGAGCUCUUCUGCAUCAGUGGAACCUUGACAUUCAAACUACUGCAAAGAUUCAGAAAGAAUUUGCCAUCUUUCUUCUCUAUAGUGGAGGUGAAUCGUGUCCCCCUAAUCUCCAAUCUCAAAUGGACGGUUCAUUUGUCCCCCGAAACAAUAUUGAAGAGGCUAUUCUUCUCUUGAUGAUUUUAUUGAAAAAGAUUUCUCUACAAAGGAUAGAGUGGGACCCUUCGAUUCUUGAUCAUCUCUCAUAUGCAUUAUCCAUCUCAGGGGGUUUAAAGGUUUUGGCUAGCAAAGUAGAAGAGCUGCUUCCCAGAACUAUAGAUCGGCAAGAGAUGUAUCUUAUUUUAGCUCUCUGCUAUUAUGGAGGAGAAGAUAACUUCACUGCAUUGAACUUGUUACGGAAACUGUUGAGUAGUACAGAGGAUCUCACCUGUGUUCCAGGUUUGUUAUUGGCUUCAAAAGUGUGUGCUGAAAGCCCAGAUUGUGCAAGAGAGGGGAUAAUUUAUGCUCACAGAGCUAUUGAAAGCCUACAAGAAAGAUGUAGUCAGUUGUUGGGUGUUGCCAAUUGUGUAUUAGGGCUCUCACUUUCAGCUCAUUCUAGAACAAUACUGACAGAUUCCGAGAGGGUUAAGAUACAUUCAGAUGCACUCAAGUCCUUUGAAUCUGCUGGAAAGCUGACAAAGAUGAGUGAUACUAAUGUUAUUUACCAUCUUUGUCUAGAAAAUGCCGAACAAAGGAAGUUGGAUGUCGCAGUCCAUUACGUAAACUGGUUUCUUAAACUGGAAGGUGGCUCUACACUGAAAGGAUCGAUGCUCUUGGCUCGGGUGUUAUCAGCUCAGAAACGGUUUCUGGAUGCUGAAACUGUCAUUAAUGUUGCCUUAGAGCAGAGUGGAAAGUGGGAUCAUGGAGAACUGUUGAGGACCAAAGCUAAGCUCCAAAUCGCGCAGGGUCAAGUGAAAAAUGCUAUAGAAACAUAUACUCAGAUUCUUGCUAUUCUUCAGGUUCAGAGAAAAAGCUUCAGACUGGGGGAAGAUCUCAAGGAGUUUGGAGACCAUUGCAGAACAUUGGAGCUGGAAACCUGGCUGGAUCUUGCUUCCAUCUACAUUAAAUUAUCUCAGUGGCGAGAUGCAGAGAAGUGUCUUUCCAAAACUGAGGCUAUCAGUUCAUAUUCAGCUUGUAGAUUGUAUACUGCUGGUUUGCUUAACCAAUCGAAGGGCCUAUAUAAAGCAGCUCUGGGAGACUAUUCCAAUGCUUUGGCUGUUAAUCCAUCCCAUGUGCCAAGUCUGGUAUCAAGUGCAGUGGUGCUUAGGAAGAUAGGUAAACAGUCUCCUGCAAUUAUUCGAAGCCUUCUAACAGAAGCACUACGGCUUGAUCGGAUGAAUGCUUCUGCAUGGUAUAAUCUGGGCCUGUUAUACAAAGAGGGAGGUUUAGGUUCAGCCGCGGAAGCUGCUGACUGUUUUGAAGCUGCUAUUAUUCUGGAAGAAACUGAACCUGUUGAACCAUUUAGAUGACUCCCUACCUGUACAUAAUUUACUACAGUUUUUCAAGUUGCAAUCUGUGCAUCGAAUGAAUCCAUCUCGGGAGCUGUGAAAUGUAUAGUGCAAUAAGAGUGGGAAAAGUAUCAAUAUUUCUUGUGUUUAUUGACCAUAUUUUUGAA